AUGGGAAAGAUAGCAAUCAGCGAUACUAAGCUCAAGCAGCAGCGCCACAAUCCGCUCUUGAAGGACAUCACAUCGCAAGGAGGAAAUUUGCGAACGACACCAAGAUCAUCACUCGUUAAAAAUGCCAAAUCCUCCAAAUCGAAAAAGAAUAGAAAUGAAGAAGAAGAAAGAGAAGGUGAUGAGUAUCUAGACGCAGCAAGUUCGAGAAGAAUCUUGCAACUAGCCAAGGAUCAGCAAGAGGAAUUGCGAGAGGAGGAAGAUCAAGAGUCGCUGAGACCAAGCUUUGCUCAAGCAUUCAAGCAACAAGAUGAAAGCGAAAGUUCGGACAACGAAGAUGAAUAUUCUGAUUUUGAACAAGAAGAAGGGGAAGGAGACGAAGGAGAAGAAGAGGAAGAGCUUGUUUUUGAUGAAGAAGAAAUCGAAGUUGACGAAAAAGACGCUGAGCUAUUCAAUAAAUACUUUCACAACAACACUGCAGAGGAACCAGGAAUCAACUUAGCUGACAAGAUCCUCGCCAAGAUCCAACAAAAGGAAACACAGCAACAGCAACAGCAACAGCAACUAGAAUCGCAAGGUGGUGGACACGCACAACGUGAGGAUGCCGUGCUUCUCCCACCAAAAGUAAUCAUGGCUUACGAGAAAAUAGGCCAGAUCCUCGCGACAUACACCCACGGCAAGCUCCCCAAACUCUUCAAAAUCUUGCCCAGUUUGAACAACUGGCAAGAUGUGUUGUACGUGACAAACCCUACCAAGUGGUCGCCUCACGCCACCUACGAAGCUACAAAAUUGUUCGUCUCGAAUCUUUCCGCUAACGAAGCCACCAAAUUCAUCAGCUCGGUGCUACUUGAGAAAUUCAGAUCAAACAUUGAAGAUUCAGAUGACCAUCUGUUGAAUUACCACAUUUAUCGAGCUCUCAAGAAGUCGCUUUAUAAACCAGCGGCGUUUUUCAAGGGGUUCCUCUUGCCGUUGGCGGAUUCAUACUGCACAGUGCGCGAAGCCACCAUCGCGGCCUCGGUGCUCACAAAGAGCUCGGUGCCCGUGCUCCACUCGUCAGUGGCAUUAUCCCAGUUGCUCCAACGCGAGUUUUCACCAGCGACAACGGUGUUUAUCCGUGUCUUGGUAGAGAAAAAGUACGCGUUGCCAUAUCAGACAUUGGACGAUUUAGUUUUUUAUUUCAUGAGAUUCAGGAAUGCAGCGCAACCGGAAAUGAUGGAGUUGGACGAGAAGGAAGUACCACAGUUGCCCGUGGUGUGGCACAAGGCCUUCUUGAGCUUUGCGCAACGGUACAAGAAUGAUAUCACCGAUGAUCAGCGUGAUUUUUUGUUGGAGACUGUGAGACAGCGGUUUCACCAUGCUCUUGGACCGGAAAUCAGACGCGAGUUGCUUGCUGGUAAACCUAGACUAACGGGUCCUAGCUCUGGAACCAGUACUGAUCGCGCAUCUCAAGGUAACGGAUUGAUGAUGGAUGCUUUUUAG